CACUGUUCCUCCUCUCUUCUCCCCCCCCCCCAACCCGGUGAUACCUCCAAAACGUAUCCCCGUGCCCUCUCCGUCUCCCAUCACUCUCGUCUGAGUGCCGCCGUCGCCGUUGCUCGACCCCCCUCGCGCCCGCCAGGCACCUCCCGUUGAGCCCCACAGCUCGGACGCUGCACCUUUUGACUGCCCGACACUCUUUCUGGGACACGGCUCAAGAUGCCAGAGCCCACAAAGAAAGAUGAGACGCCAAACGGCCAGCCAGAAGAGGAUGCCAGUUCACUCAAGAAACUGUCAGUUGAGCUGCCUAAUGAUAGAGUCUCCAUUACGGCCUUCGAGAGGAAAGACUCAGUGUGGUCUUUGGGAGAGUCCCAGGCCCCCGAGGAACUGGACAAGCCCAUUGACAACCCGCCGCAGUCCACCCUGCUCUUGGAGAUGCCCAAAAGUGGCACGGUGGUCGUCGGUGGGGACAUCACUUUUGUGGCCAAGGUGGAGGCCAAAGAUCUUCUCCGCAAACCCACCAUCAAGUGGUUUAAGGGGAAAUGGAUGGACCUGGCCAGCAAGACGGGGAAGCACUUGCAGCUCAAAGAGACCUUUGACCGCGUCACCAAGAUGCACACUUUUGAGAUGCACAUCAUCAAGGCCAAAGAAAAUUAUGCGGGCAAUUACAGAUGCGAGGUGACCUACAAGGACAAGUUUGACAGCUGCUCCUUCGACCUGGAAGUGAAAGAGGCCGGACCGUCACAGAGUAUUGAUAUCAGAUCAGCUUUCAAAAGGAGCAGUGAAGGCCAAGAAGAUGCAGGGGAGCUUGACUUUAGUGCUCUACUUAAACAUAGAGAGCAUAAGGCGCAGGACGACGCCCCCGAGGUGGACGUGUGGGAGAUUCUAAAGAAUGCCCGUCCUGAUCAGUACGAGAAGAUUGCAUUCGAGUAUGGCAUCACAGAUCUUAGAGGCCUGUUGCGCAGGAUGAAGAAGAUCCCCAAAGAGGAGAAGAAGAGUGAAGCGUUCGCCAAGAAGCUGGAGCCUGCUUAUCAGGUGGAUAAAGGCGGAAAGAUCCGCCUUAUGGUGGACCUGGCUGACCCCACAGUUGACCUCAAGUGGUACAAAAAUGGACAGGAAAUCCGUCCCAGCCCCAAGUAUAUAUUUGAGCACAAGGGCACGCAAAGGAUCUUGGUCAUCAACAACUGCGGCCCCAACGACGACGCUGCAUAUUCUGUGUCCGCAGGAGAGGAGAAGUGCUCCACGGAGCUCUUGGUCAAAGAGUUGCCAGUUAAGAUCGUUAAGGAACUGGAGGCCGUCAAGACCACCGUGAACGAGAGGAUCGAGCUGGAGUGUGAGGUGACGGAGGAAGGUGCUGCGGUCAAAUGGAUGAAGAACGGUGUUGAGAUCUCAACAGGAGUUCGAUCUAGAUAUCGAGUUAAGUGCGAGGGAACCAAACACUUCCUGGUGAUUGAUGACGCCUCCCUGGAAGACACCGGGACAUACUCCAUCAUGGCUAGUGGUGGCACAUCCGAGGCUCACAUACAGGUUGACUUGAAACCACUGAAGAUCCACCAGGACCUGCAGGACAUGAAGGUGUUGCUGGGUCAGCCUCUCAAGCUGCACUGUGAGAUCUUCCCGGGCAACGUCCCAGGCCGAUGGUACAGGAAUGGACAGCUAAUCCAAGCCAAUGACCGCAUUAACAUCCUACACAAAAAUAGGGAUCACGAACUUUCAGUUGAAACGAGCUCCCUCCAUGACGCUGGAGAUUACACCUUUGUACCUGAUGGCUACUCGCAGAGCCUAUCUGCCAAGAUUCAAGUCAUAGACCCUCCAAAGCUGCACCUGGAAAGUCUGAACUUCCCAGACAACACUGUGACAAUUAUAGCAGGAAACAAACUUCGCUUAGAGAUCCCCAUGAGUGGCGAACCAGUUCCCAGGGUGGUUUGGAUGAAGGGGGAAAGGGUCAGUAUCUAACUUUGCUCUGUUUUU